UUUUUUUAAACAAGGCUUGGGUAAGUCGGGGGGGUGCGUGGGAAUUUCCCGGGUCUUGCUUGAAAUGGUAUCUCCCACCCUGCAGGUUUUGCCAAGUGGGCUCCUGAGCAUGGGCAGAGUGUCAGAGACCCGCGGGAAUGAAGGCUUCUUUCUUUGGGGAUUGCUUAAAGCACUAUUAUGGGAUGGAAUCCUGGUCUUGGGAAAUAGAUCAAUCCUAGUUUGACGUCUCAGUGCAGCUGGAGUAAAUAAAUGCAGGUUUAUUCUGGGAAGGGUGCGAUCCACAGUGUAAGGGUCUGAUUUGAUUUAUUAAUGUAAUCAAUUAAAGUGAUCGAAGCCAGUCAAUUUAAUUCCAUUUUAAUUUUACAGGUCAGAGAGUGCUCUGUUAGAUACCUUAGUACUUCCAAAGCGAGGAAAAUAAUCAUAAAUAAAGUAGAAAUGACCAGCCAGAACAAAACAAUCUUCCAAAGUAACUGCAGGUAACGCAGCUUCCAAAACUCUGCCGAAGCGACAUUUAGAACUGGCAGCUUCCAAGGGCCGCUCGCUCCUGCGCUGGGAUCUUUGGCUCUGCAGGAACGUUGUGCACGCCAGACAGCCCAGACGGUGUCUUCAAACGAUGGCGACCCAGGUGGAUGGGGAAACUUCCCGAAACAAAGGGGGCACCCCUCAACCUGCAGCCGUGACCGCUGGCAUCAUCAUCAUAGGAGAUGAGAUCUUGAAGGGGUACACGCAAGACACCAAUUCUGUUUUCAUGUGCCGGAAACUCCGCUCGCUGGGGGUGAAGGUGGCCAAGAUUUCCGUGCUGCCUGACGAGGUGGAGGCCAUCGCCACUGAGGUCAAGUCUUUCGCCGACAGGUUCACUUACGUCUUGACGUCAGGCGGCAUCGGCCCCACGCACGAUGACGUCACCUUUGAAGCGGUCGCAAAAGCCUUCGGCGAGAAAAUCCAUCCCCAUCCAGAGAUGGUGAAUCUCGUCCAGAAAUUUUUCGGCCUGCAGUCCAAGCCCGAAAGCCCGAAGAUGAAGCUGGCUUGCGUCCCCGAAUCCUCUCUCCUCAAUUACGGAGUGGACGAGAAGACAGGGCGUCGUUUCCCGUAUCCGCUGAUCAGCGUCCGGAACGUCUACAUUUUCCCCGGGAUCCCCUCGUUGAUGAAACGAGCCCUGGACGGUCUCGGGCAUCUCUUCCGAAACGAGAAGACCCAGUUUUACACCCGGGAGAUCUACGUGAACGUUGAGGAAACUCAGAUCGCCUCGGUGCUGAACGACGCCAACGCCAAAUUCUGGCCACGCACCAACCUGGGCUCGUAUCCGGAUUGGGUCAGCAACUACCACCGAGUGAAGCUCAUCCUGGACUCGGACUCCGAGGCUGACCUGGAUGAGGCGCACGCUUUCCUGAUGGAGCACUUGCCCCAAGGGGUCGUGGUGCCUUUGGUAGCCAAUCCCAUUUCCCGGGCCGCUACGGAUGUCUACGGGUUGGCUGAGUCCGGUUCUCCUCUUGGCCAGAAGGUGGCGGCAUCGCUCAGGACCGUGGAGGAAGGCUUGGAGAACUACAGCCUGUCCAAAAUCUGCGUGGGGUUUAACGGCGGGAAGGACUGCACCGCGUUGCUACACCUUUCUUACGCCGCCGUGCAGAGGCGAUAUCCAGAAAAGUUGGACCAGCUCCAGGCUCUCUACAUCCGUACGGUCCUUCCCUUCCCGGAAAUGGAAGAAUUUAUUCAAGAUACGGCUCGGAGGUACAACCUUCGCAUUCGGUUGGUCCACGGGAACAUUAAGGAAGCUUUGGGGAUCCUGAAAAGUCAGCAGCCCGAUCUGGAGGCCGUGUUGAUGGGCACUCGACGGACAGAUCCAUAUUCCUGCGCCCUGAAGCCCUUCUCUAUGACGGACCCCGAAUGGCCACAGUACAUGCGAGUCAGCCCCCUGCUGGACUGGACGUACCACGAUAUAUGGAGUUUCCUUCGCAGCCUUUAUAUCCCUUACUGCAUUCUGUACGACAAGGGUUACACCUCGCUGGGAAGCAUGACCGACACGCAAAAAAACCAAGCGUUGCGUUACACAAACGCACAAGGCCAGGAGUCCUACCGGCCGGCUUAUGAGUUGGAAGACGAAAAAGAAGAACGCAUCUGGCGCUGUUGAACCACGCACACCGCGCCUGUAGCCAGCAAUGUUGGUUUAAGCAACACACACACACACACACACACACACACAUAUACCCGGGAGGGGAAGCGGGGGUUGCGGAGGAAGUAACUUUCCAAAGUAGGUUUAUCAACAUCGUAAAACGGAACACAUGAGUUGAGAUUGGAUUGGUCUGGCCCUGUGGGCAUCUUUCGAACUGAUCUUACGCCACAAAUAGACCGUUUUCUGUGUUGGAAUAAAAAAUAGGGGAGUUUUUUUUUCUCCCACCCAAUUCUCACCGGCGUUCCUUGUCCUCAUUC